AUGGAUAAGAGCAUCAUCAUUGAAGUACAUUCGACACCGAGGCAAACGAAGGAUCCGGAUCGACCUUGGAUAAAAUUCGAAAUCGAGGAAUUUGUGAAGGAAUGCAACUUGUGCAGUAUUGAGGCACGUCAUAUUGAGCAUUUCAAGAACGUACCGGUUAUGGGGCCAGCUAAUGCACUCGACAUGCACUUCGAUGCUAUCCCAGCUGCUCUUGGGAGCAGGAAGGCUCGAGGCUACUUUGGAAAAUGGGCUGCUGGCCUGUCGUUUGAUACUGUGCGACCGAUUGUCAAUGAACCACAUUUCUAUCGAUAA